GAGAGAGAGAGAGGAAAUAUUAGAGAGAGAAAGAGAUGGAUAAUGGUAAUCAUGUUGGUGGUUCAGGAAAUGGAGGAUUUCAAAGCUAUCGCAGAUCUCCACAACCAACCCCUGCAGAUCCCCCUUCCUCUGAUAUGGAGAUGAGCCUGGAACUGCCUGCACAUCUCAACCAGGAAGUUGUUGAAAUCAUCAGUCAGGAGCAAGACGAAGUCAUACCAGACGUGGCCAGAAUCAUGCAUAGCACCCAUCCUUCCCAUGUCAAGAUAUCCGAUGACGCCAAGCGGACGAUGUACCAUUGUAUGUCUGAGUUCAUAUGCUUUGUAACAUACGAAGCCAACGCUCAUUGCCAGCGUGAGCAGCGGAACACAAUCACUGUGGAAGACGUGGAUUGGGUCAUUAACAAGUUUGGGUUUGAUGACUACAUUGAACCCUUGCCUUACUACUUUCCUCCAAAUAGUGAGGAUGAUGGUGGCGAGCGUGGAUCUCUUACUAGGGAGUCUUUGUUGAAGCGACCAAUGGUUGAUACAGCUUCAAGCUCCAAUAUCACACCCUAUAACCUUCCUCCUAAUUUUCCUAUGGCUCAUCACCACUUUGUGUAUCCACCACCAAUGGGAAAUGGUAAUAUGCAGGGGGAGGCAAGCACUUCUCAGUGUGCAGGGGCUUUAGUGGAUACUGACGUUGAGUCUCCUAUGGAGGAGGAUAAGGAGUGAACAAUUUAUCGAUCUAUUGAAGGUAUUAAGCUGUUGUUGAAGCUUUAUAAGCAAUAAAUAAAGUUUAGGAAUAGUUUUUAAUUUGCGAAGUUUAGGAAUGUAUGUUUCGAACUAAGCUAGCCAAUAGGGGCCCCUUCAAUUGGCUGUUUACUUAUGUGUGUAAGUGUAUGUGUAUGUGUAUGUGUAAGUGUAUGAGUAUGUGUAUGUCUCUGUGUAUGUUUGUGUGUGGUGGAAGUGCUAAAUAAAAUGAACAAGUGCUACUUGUCCUGAUUAUGAUAUUUCUAA